AUGCGCCAACAAUACGGAGGGCCAAAACUGCCUGCAGAUCUUCGAAACCAGUUUGGAGAUCCUGCAAAUCGCGGCAAGAGCAGCGGUGGGCGCAAUGGACAGGUGAAUCGCAAGGACCGGCGCAAAGCCGAACGAGACCAGAAGAAGUCGCAAAAAACACGACUCAAGAAGGCGCCACCGUCAUCGGCGUCUCAUGUCCAGAAUGGCAAACGACAGCAAGCAGUGCAAGAGGAAGAGUCUGAGGUGGACUGGGAGGACAGCGAAGAUGAGCCAACAUCAGUGAAGAAGGAAGCAGCACCCAAAAGCAUAUUGAAGAGGAAGGUACAGCCCGACAAAGACGACUCUCCCGUGCCUGCAAAAGUCUCCCGCGCCGUACAGGACCGACUCGACCAAGACGACAAGGAGAUCCGCGCUUUGGAAAAGAAGCUGGGGAAAAAGAAGAAGUCAGCAGGUGGCGGCGGCGAUGAUGGCUUGGAUGAUCUGUUUGGCGACCUUGGAGACUUCAGCGAUGAGGACACACUCGAAAACCCAAAUGCGAAGAGGAAACGAACAGAAGAUGACGACUGGCUCGCAAGCAAGAGGCGGAAGGCUCUAGGGACAGCUGCUCCAUCUGCACCAGAACCAGACAGCGAGGAUGAGGAGGAUGACUUGGAGAAUCCAUUCUCCGAGGAUGACGACCUGGAUUCCGAGGACAUGGACGGCGAGGACGAUGAAGAUCUCGAAGAAGGUGACCUAGAUGAUGGCAUGGACGACGAGGAAGACGACGAGGAGGACGACAUUGAAAACCCCUUCUCUGAGGAUGAAUUAUCGGACGACGAAGAGCCGGCCCCUCGGGUGCGAGAGAACCCAUACGUCGCGCCCGUAGCUGCCAACGCAGCACCGACCACAAAAUAUGUUCCCCCAGCUCUACGAGGGCCGCCUUCAUCCGAUGCUGAAGCGCUGUCACGUCUAAAGCGCCAGGUUCAGGGUCUUAUAAAUCGAUUGUCAGAAGCCAACAUCCUUACGAUUCUGAAAGACAUUGAGAAGAUCUACGCAAACAAUCCUCGUGGUUAUGUCAACACGACAUUAAUCAAUCUGUUGAUUGACAUGCUUUCAGAUCCAUCGGCGCUCCUUGAAUCCUUCAUUAUAUUGCAUGCUGGAUUCAUCGCAGCCGUCUACAAAGUCAUUGGUCCUGACUUUGGCGCUCAGAUCGUGGAGCGUAUCGUCUCCGAGUUCGAUCAGCAUUAUCAGCCAAACAAGGACGGCGCCGGGAAACACACCACCAACCUCAUGUCAGUUGUAUCUGAACUGUAUACCUUUCAAGUCAUUGGCAGCAACAUUGUUUUCGAUUAUGUUCGAUUCUUCCUUAAUGAGCUCUCCGAAAUCAACACCGAGCUCCUUCUGAGGAUUGUUCGAGCGGCAGGUCCGCAACUGCGACAGGACGACCCCACUGCACUCAAGGACAUUGUAGUCUUGUUGCAAAAAUCAGUAGCAAACGUCGGCCAACAGAAUCUGCCAGUCCGAACAAAGUUCAUGAUCGAGACAAUCAACGACCUCAAGAACAACAAGAUGAAGACGGGCAUUGCUGGAGCUUCGAUAACCAGAGAACGUACGACCCAGAUGAAAAAGCAGCUGGGUACGUUGAACUCGAGGAACCUCAAAGCCACCGAACCACUGCGAGUUGGCCUGAAAGACAUUAGGGACACAGAUAAGGUGGGUAAGUGGUGGCUAGUCGGCGCCAGUUGGCGCAACCAGGCUCAAAGUGAUGUGCCAGCUGAAGAGGAGAAAGAGCCAGGCAGGAAGCGAGUCGAGAUUGACGAAUUUGAUGAAGACGGUGAAGUUGAUCUCGCUCAGCUUGCUCGGGAGCAACGCAUGAACACGGAUGUCCGCCGAGCCAUCUACGUGUCCAUCAUGUCAGCAACCGAUUUCAAGGAUGCGCAGAUACGACUGAACAAGCUGAACCUCAAGAAAGCGCAAGAAGUCGAGAUACCCAAGGUCAUCAUCCACUGUGCAGGGACAGAGAAGACAUACAACCCGUACUACACAAUCCUUGCACGAAAGGUAUGCUCGGACCACAAGACGCGGAAAAGCUUCCAGUUUGCGCUGUGGGAUAUUUUCAAAAGCCUUGGGGAGAACCAAGAUGGAGGCGCGGACUCAGAUGACGAGGGGGACGACAGCAAGGAUGUGUCACUACGAAAGCUUGUGAACCAGGGCAAGCUCUACGGCACGCUGAUGGCGAAACGUGUGUUGUCCGUGACCUGCCUCAAGAAUCUCAACUUCCCGUAUCUGCAGGCGAAGACUAGGACGUUUGUCGAGAUCAUGCUUGUUACGGCGAUCCUCGAGACACAGAAAGGCGCGAAAGGAGAACGUCAAGAAACAGCUCUGCUGCAGACGUUUGUCGAGGCAGAUCAGGCACCUGAGAUGGUCGCAGGUCUACAGUUUUUCCUCAAGACGGUUGUAAGCAAGACGGACAUUGUCGACAAGUCGGAGAAGGAGACGGUCAAAUGGGGCUGCAAAGCUGUGAUCAGGGUGCUGAACAGAGUGUUGGCCACAACGACGUUGGAGGAAGACUAG